AGGUCACCCUCGGAGUAAUAAGCGAGAGGAAACUCUCACGCACACACAUAUACGCUCAAACACACACCCAGAAUCUCAGCAUGGAUGCAGCCAGUGUGUGCAACAGCAGAUCAGGUUGUCCCGGCUCCUACAGAUGCUUCACGGGACGCUGAGGACGAGGACGAGGUGAGUGGAUCGAUGAUGUUUUCUUAUGCUUUGCUUCUGAUUUUCUCCGCCUGUUUUUUUUCUCUUUAAAUGGAUUAAAAAUCAGAUGAUUGAGACGAUUUAUCUGCUAAGAAACACAUCGACUGAACUUCAAAAUGCAUUAAAAUACAAGAGGAGGCACUCUCUUAACGAGAGAGGUUCAGUUUGAGCCACAGAGAGAGAAACGGAGUUGUUUUGAGCAGCGUCUGAUAUUUCAAAAGUCUAAAGAUCUCAACAAACUUGGUCGUCAUGCUUCGUACGAAUCUCAAAUAUCCGAACAAAAGCAACAGGUGAAUUUUCUCCUCAUCAUGCUGUGCUUAUCUGAAGGAAGUGUGACUUUCAUAAAGUCAUGCAAGGUCAAAGUUCGACACUAAAAGGACAUAUUCUGGUGAGGUUUGGGAAGAAACGGGUGAUUUUUAAUAAAUCGUGGAAAUACGAACUCUGAGAGGUCUGAGAAAGUUUGAUUUGAGCUUUUUCUUCUGAGGAGAGAAAAAUGAGCUCGGAGCAGCAGGUGUCUAAUCUUUUGAUUGGAUUAACAAAACCAAAAGAUGUCAACAAACUCCUCUGUGCCGUGCUGCGGCUGUUCGGAGGGACUGUAAUAAGCUCCAUUAUCGGAGGGAGAUCUGACUGAAGCACCUGCACUGUCCUUUUAAGUAUAUCCCUCGGCUGCAUAGAAGCAAUAACCCACCUUUCCACCUCUCAGACUAAAAUAUUUACAUCCUCGACGUGCCAAUAAAAGAUCUGGAUCCUGCAGACCAUGCAGAUCUCCACGAAGGAAAACUUGAUUUGCAGGUUUUUAAACAAACUCUCUCUUCAAGGUUUCACUGCGGCAGACUUUAAACGUACCGUUCCCUUCCUCGUGUUUGAGGGCAGGAUUAGAGUGAAAAGCUUUUUUACAAUAUGAGACCGAUGAAUCUGAGGACAGCUGAGGACAGCGGCGAGCUCUGAAAGCCUGUUUUGUGUUGUUACAGACGGAUGAUAGUGUCAGCAGUGUUAAAGGAAGUCCUCAGGGCUCCCACUGAAGUCACAGUAUCAACACCUGACAACAAUCACUUUUAUUAGCAGCUAAAUAUCUCUUAUUUGGCGGCUUUAACUCCUGUUAACUCGAGGUGAACCCACUUUCACCUCAUUAAUUCAAUUACAGAGAUCCAAAUGGUUCAAACACAGAUAAGACGCCUCUUCAAAGAGUCACAGGAUUCAUAUUUUAGACUUUCCUGUCAUCUUUGCAGCACUUUAAAAAAUAUUAGAUGGUUUAAAGUCUUUCAUGGACUUUAAGAAGCAUUUCUUAUAUUAAAUUAAUCGACUAACAUGUUGAGUAAUAACAUAAACACAUGGACAUAGUCUCUGUGACAUUAUCUGUUAGUUUCUGACUCCAGCAGGCUUUAAGCUGAUCGAAAAACAGUGAAAAACACACUCCCCUGUAACUCACCCUUCCCUAAUCUUGAUGGGGUCAGAUAAAAUACUUAUAUUAAUAGGCAUAUUAAGAAUUAUCUUAGAUUAUCUCACUAAAAAUGUCUCCCAAAUCAAUAAAAAACCAGUAUAAAUUUAGAAAAAUCAAAAAUCAUUGUCGAAAUUCUGAAUCCGACAGAUGAUGAUGUUUCACAGCCAUAAGGAAUAACCAAUCGGAGCCCAGCACUUCUAGCCAAUCAAAGGCAAAGGAGGGCGGGACCUUCCCCUACCAUCAUACAAAAAAAAAAAAAUCCCACCCCGCGAUAUAUAGGCGUACGACAGAGACCGCGAACACGUCUCGUAUAAUAUUAACAAAUAACUCGUACCCUACUCCUACAACGGAGUACGCAUUCAAACAAUGAAAUAAUAAAUACUUUACGUGUUGCUAACUUAUAUUACCAUUUCAAGAGCUGAAGUUUAAUUUUAGCGCUUGUCUUGUCCGAACAUAAGGCAAGCGCUAAAAUAGCUUUCGUAGAUGUAGCCAUCUUGUUUCAGGGCCCCGAUUUUGCUUUUUUUCCAAUUUUUUUAAAAAUUUUUUAUUGUCAUUACUACAUUUUACAACAUACCAUUAUAAAUAUAUAUAUUCUAGUUUUUGAUUAGUUUAGGAGACAUUUCCAGGAGUAAACUCAGAGAUAAAACUUUAAUCAGAGAUACUAAACUGUAAACAAAACAAAAGUUUGGGUCAAAGAAAAGUUAUCUAUCAGCCUAUCUAUUCCCCUAUAAACUAUCAUGAUGAAGAGGCAGGAAGUUUGUUAAGGUGGAAUUACUAAACUGUCCUUAAACAGAUGUCCUCUGUUGUUUAAGUUCCACCUUAACGGCAACUUAGUGUGUAACACUGAUCACUGGAGAUUGGUCAAAUGGCUGUGACCUUAUUAGAGAGCGCUCACUCGCCCUCACUAAAUAUUCCCACGGGAGGGCUCUCUCUCUGUAUGUGUGUGUGUGCGCCUGUGUGUGUUGAACUGUAAAAGUGUGUGAGGCACCGCUGUAAACACGUCUCAUUGUUUUAUAAUUAGAAUUUGCUCACGGAAGCUUGACCCUGCACAUACACCCCUGUUAACUUCAGCUGUGUGUGUGUGUGGUUGUGUGUGAGUUAUUUACGUUCCGUUCAAUAGAAGUUGAGUGAAUUAGACACGGUAUCAACCUUGACCCCAACACAGACACAUUCAGAGUGGACAUUUAGAGGAAUGAGUGACCUGUGAAUGGACCUACUGAUGCUAACGCCUGCUUCAUAAUCCCCGCCAUCACAACACAAUCAAUGAUCAUUAACGGCAAUAUGGUGGAGGACCACAGAGAGCACAUGGAAAUGACUAAUUGGAGCUCACUAAUUGGGUGAAAAAUCAGGAAAUAAAUUAACUGGGAGGGACAGAGAUGAGUCCAUACAUUUACUUGAGAGCUGUGCUUUUCACCGCAGUUAAGUGUUUUCAUGGAAGAGGCUUGUUACUGACAUCAAAAACCGCAUUUGAGCAAGCUGAAGGGUCAGGUGUGUGUUAGUGAAGCAGAGGGAGGGAAGCUGCCGCAUGAACUUGUAAACGAGCGAACAAAACUGGAUCAGCUCAAUUUGGAUAAAGGUGAGUUUCUAUAUCAUUCCUUUUAUUUUCAAGGAAACCAAUAACUUUAAUUAAAGGGAUAUUCCGGUGUAAAAUUAAUUUCGGGUCAAACGGUAACACUGAGUUAGACACCCCCUCGAGAGACGAAUGUUGCCGACCGCUUGCUUCUCUAGUUAUACCAACUUUAGUAACGGCCGCAGGAUAGCAAUACAGAGAGCCACGGGCUCAACCAAAACGCCACUCUAUAGCCACAAAUAAUGCUCAGAACAGCACCUAACUUCAUCAACAGGACAUAUAGGGUCACAGACAUAGUACUAGACACCAAACAUCUUCUUAACUUUGACUCAUUUCUUUAGCAAAGAGACUAAAAACAACUCACCUACUCUCUUCCAGCAGACGCUUGUUUGUAGUGAGACCUCGGACCAGUCCAUUACGGACUACAGCGGGGUGCCGCAGCUCAAGGAAGAACAUUUAUGAUCAUUUCUUCAUGGAAAUACAAUCAGACCGAGACGCUAAGGCAGAAGAACUACAGCGUCUGCAGAGAAAAUGAUUAAUAUCAAGAUUAUAACGUCAAGGAAAUGAUAAAGUAAUGAUCAUAAAUGUUCUUCCUUGAGCUGCUGGAAUCAGGUUUUCUUCAGCGUUAUGAUAAAAUUUUCCUUCAUUUCUACCUCCGCUCCAGCUCCCAGUCAGCAUGUCCGUCUCCAUGGCUACAGACUCUUACCCGCCCCUCGACUGGUCAGCCCCUGUGACCCCAGCAGGCAGAAAUGUCACCAGCUGGCAGCGUGACGCUCUGCUGGCGGUGGCCGAGGUGGUGGUGCUGGCGGUCAUCCUGGUGAUGGCGUUGCUUGGUAACGGGCUGGUACUGGUGGUGCUGCUGAGGCGGAGGCGGCACCACAACCCGCUGCAUCAGUUCAUGCUCAACCUCUGCGUGGCCGACCUGGUGGUGGCGCUGUUCCAGGUAAUAGAAACACAUGACAGGUGAGAACGUGCACACUUCUUCGUCAAUCAGACUCCUCCCCUUUCUCCCUCUCAGGUGCUGCCUCAGCUCGUUUGGGACGCCAAAGGUCGUUUCCCAGGUCCGGACAUCCUGUGCCGCCUGGUUAAAUACCUACAGGUCCUCGGGAUGUUUGCCUCCUCCUACAUGAUCGUUGCCAUGACGAUGGACCGACACUACGCCAUCUGCUGCCCCCUGCAGGCGCACCGCAGCGGAGCCACUCAGCGCUGGAACAGCUUCAUACUACUGGCCUGGGGGCUGUCGCUAGUGCUCAGCCUGCCACAGGUAGGGGGACACAGGUGGGACUCUGCACAUUAAUUUUAGCCUCUAAACCCUGAACACAGCUGAUGGUGACUUUGUCUUAACAUCCUGAUAAAAAAAAGCUCCAUUAUACCUCUUUUGGCUUCAAAAUCUAAUCUUUUUUUAUCUUUGUGCACGAUUUUGCAGAAAAGUGCAGAUUUUUCCCUGGAUUUCCACGUCACAAAUGUCAUCAGCUGUCUAUCACAGACGCAAAUAAACGAACAUGUAGCUGCUCACACACCUCUCUUCCACUCCAGGUUUUUAUCUUCUCGCGCUCAGAAGUGGCUCCAGGUGUUUAUGAGUGUUGGGGAAACUUUGCCGAGUCCUGGGGCCUCAAAGCCUACGUGACCUGGAUGACCCUGGCGGUCUUCAUCCUUCCGGUGCUCAUCAUCACUGUCUGCCAGGUGAAGAAGAAAACACAUUUAACUCCUUACAUUUAUUCUUUUAUAUGUUUAUAAAGUACACGGACUUGACUUUGCAAACUUCUUCCUCAGGUGCGAAUAUUCAAGGAGAUCCACAACAAUCUAUAUCUGAAGUCAGACCGGCGCCUGUCCCCUGCCUCCCUCCCUCCAUCCAGACGGGACAGCCAGAGAGGAGGAGGAGUUGGAGGAGGCAGAGGGAGGUCCAGUCUCUCUCUGUAUGCAGCGCCGAUCAUAUUCAACAACCCUGGAAGUCAGACCAGCUUAGAGCCUGGAUCCACAUUUGCACACCUGCCUAUGGGUCCACUCAGGUCCAACAGCAUGACUUCACAUUGUGACAUUCACACCUACACGGCUGUGCACCCAGGUAACAUCCAAGCAGAUCUAUAUUUGUUUAUUCUUCUGUUCUGCUCUAUAAAGGUUGUAUAUUUUCAAGAGUAUUUUGCUUAUUUUAGAUGUUAACAUGAAGAAUAAUCUAGAGAUUUGAUGUGAGGUGGAGGGUUUGAAAAAUUCACAUGAAACUGUGACGUGAAUGAACAAAAGUCUCAUUUCUCCUGUAGCUGAGCUGCAGCCUGAUGUGCUGCCUGACCCUGCAGCGCCCUCUGCUGUCUACAGCACCCCGCCCAAAGCACCCCCUGUUAAAGGUGGAGAGGUGACAGCAGCCAUGUCCAAAACAGUGAGGAUGACUCUGGUCAUAGUGCUGGUUUACUCUCUGUGCUGGGCUCCGUACUUCAGUGUCCAACUCUGGGCUGCGUGGGACCCCAACCCACCAAUGAACGGUGCUCAAACAGUUUUGUAUUCUAACAUUUUCUCAUCAUUCUGUCAGAAUCCCAGAAAAAAGUCACAAUCCUGAGAUUGAAGUCUGAAUUCAGUUUCUCAGACUAAUAAUGAAAAAGUUUUAUACUGGACCUUUUUUUAAUCCUCUUCUCAAGCAGCACUAUAUGGGAUAGUUGCAAAUUUGCUGCACUUAACUUUUUACUUCUUAACAUGAAAUUGUAUGGUGGCCGAGAAUCGCCACUGCUGCUAAAAAAAGAAUGCAGAAAAAAGAGGAAAAAGAAUCCACAACGGAAGUUGUCGAUGCAAAAAAAAAAAAAAAAAAAAAACGAACCCUGCUGCAAAUAAAACAGAAACGGUGCAGAUUAAAAAAAAAAAAAAAAAAAGCCACAACGGAAGUUAACAAUGCGAAAAAAAGUGGCGAUGCAAAAAAACAGUGACUUACUGUGAAAGUAAAAGGAUGCAAAUUUAAAAAAAGCCACAACGGAAGUUGAAAUGGAGGAUGCCGGUGUAGUUUUAACUUCAGUUCAACUUCAUAUCGACUCAGGCGCCACAUGGCCUGACCAAAUGACGCAUCGAAAAGCACACAAAGCGAAAUUAAACAAUAACCUUUCCACUUACCUCUUUGCACGUCUUCUCGCCGUCGUCUUCUGUGCCUAGAUCGUAAAACACCGGUGCAUCAUCAUUAUUGGCAGCUCACUUCCGUUGUGGCUUUUUUUAUUUGCAUCCUUUUAUUUUUGCUGUAAGUAACUUCUUUUUAUUUCCCAUCGUGACUUUUUUUCGUCAUCAACAUAGACUGUGUAUACUACGGACAACUUGGUUCCACCUUCCACUAGUUUUUCUUGGCCACCAUAAUAUUGUAAUGACCUAAAAUUACAAGAAGUUACUGUUAAACUGAUAUUAGUUUCUUUAAUGUUCUGGAUCAUGACUAAGGAGUUAGUUUACUCUGUCUUGGAUCCUCACAAACCUUCUCUUGUCUGCUGUGUACAGGUGCAGUGUUCACCUUGCUGAUGCUGCUGGCCAGUCUGAACUCCUGUACCAACCCCUGGAUCUACUCGGCCUUCUCCAGCAGCGUUUCCCCGGAGCUCCGUCUGCUGCUGCUCUGCCGAAAACGCUCACCGCGCCGAGGCUCCUUACCGAGCGACUCCACCACCACACACAACUCCAACUACUGAACAAGACACACAUCAUACUCAAUCAACCACAACCACAAAAACACAGUCAUGGGGACACACACAAAACGUAGCGUCAAAAAAAAUAAACCACAAAACUAAAAGCGCCUAGUUUCACAAACGUUAGCAUGAGAUUAUGUAUCCGACUAAUACCUGAAACAAAGAAGCGCCCACCUAGAGGUUAAGAUUACGGCUAGGUAAUUUAAAUUCGCCAGGAAAUACACACAUCAUAUACAGUCAACCACAAACACAUUCAUGGGGACACACUAAGCGUAGCGUCAACAAGAUAAACCACAAAACUAAAGCGCCUAGCUUCACAAACGUUAGCAUGCGAUUUUGUGUCCGACUAAUUCCUGAAAGAAUGUAGCGCCCACUCAGAGGUAAUGAUUACGGCUAGGUAAUGUAAAUUAGCUAGGAAAUACCCAAGUACAUGACCACUUCAAAACUGAAUGUCAUUGUCUCACCUUGUGCUUGAAAGUGAGACUCCAGCACCACACACAACUCUAACUACUGAACACAUCAUACACAAAUAAACCACAAACACACUCAUGGGUACACACAAAAUCACUGUGUGGCGUAGCGUCAAAAAAUAAACCACAAAACUAAAGCGCCCAGCUUCACAAACGUUAGCGUGCGAUUUUGUGUCCGACUAAUUUCUGAAACAAAGAAGCGCCCACCCAGAGGUUUGGAAGUGUAAAUUAGCCAGGAAAUACUUACAUACAUGACCACUUUAAAACUGCAAGUCAUCUAGUCUCACUUUGUUUUCGAAUAAACUUAAUCAGAUAAUAUUUCACGUGUGAAUAAGGAGUUAUUGGAGGUGUUUUUUCAAGGAUAAACCUUUCUCACUGGCACUACAAAUCUGAGUAGGAAUACUGAGUUAAAAACGGAAAUUGUUUAAAAACCGAGCAAAACAGGCCAAACUAUCAGCUUUUGUGAAGCUCACCAAGUAUUAUUGAAACCCUUUAUUAAGUGGCACAACAUAAAAAACACUACAAAGGCCUAAAAAAGGAUGAUUUACUAACUUAUUUUGGUAACCCACUAUUUCCUGGCAUAGAGCUACCACCUGCUUUUACAUGAAGUAUUUUUAUUUCUAAUCAACAUGGCACAUUUUCAUCUUUCACUAUGAUAAAUCAAAUGUUAUGGAUCUAUUAAUUAAAAAAUUGACAUAGAUUUGGCUUUACUUGAGUGACACCACAGGUAUGCAACACUGCUUUCAAUGCUACACUAAGCUAGGCACUGCCAGCGGGUAGCUUCACUUUAUAGAUUAUUGAUCUCUCUAGGCAAAUCUAUAAAAAAAAAUACCCAUAGACUGUAUAUACUAUUCUAUAAAGUCUAUGAAAAUUCCCAAAUCAUCAAACUAUUUGUAGGUCAAACCGAUUGAUGAGAUAUACCUGCUGAAGUAGGUUUUUAAAAUGUGGAAUUGUUGUAAAUGUAUGUAUUCGAGUGAUUUUUCUGGUUUAAUUUUCCUUAUUUUUUGAUAGAUAUGAAAAAAUACAAAAAGAAAUUGUUUUAAAAACAGUUUAUUCAUUCACUCUGCAGUCAUAAAAACAUUUCACACAUACAAACAUAAAAACACCUACUGCAACUCAAAUAAAAUAAAAACCUUGUUUUCAAGAAAUGUAAUAUAAUGAUUUGUUGUUUUUUUAACACAAAGCUGCUGUGGUUCAACAGUACCGUUUUUUUUUUUAAAACCCCUGCAUUAAAUAACACUCACAUUCAGUGUUUCAAAGGGUUCAGUUACAGUCUUUUGUAAUACAGCCUUUCAAACGCUCUUCUUAAAGGCAAAAUAAGUGAAGGUCUUAGGAAAAUUUCUCUUUUUUUUAUCACAAUGCCUGUUGAGUAAAAAUGUUAGAAGAAUUGUGUUAAGUCCGUCUUCUGUAACUGAAGAAAAUCUGAGGUCAGAGCGCCGAGACAGCAGGCCUGUUAGCAGCCGUCCUUUUCCAUCAAAGUGUACAGAAAGUAACUUCAAAUUCAUGUCUGUAGACGGGUCGAUAGUUCAGAAGGACAUUAGAACCAACAAUAACAUAAAACUCCUGUUAAAAUACAUUUCCUUUCAGACAACAAUUAACAUGGUGUGAUUAUUUGAUUUGAGAACAAAACAUUGAGAGCUUACAUUUGGUCUUAGUAUAAAUACCAACAAAUGUUCAACCUAACUAAACAGGAGCACCCCGAAACACAGUCAUUUACAUUCCUAGUUAAAUAUAAAAUGUGUUUGAGAGGUGGAAGAGACUUGUUUUUCCUAUGACAUGACACGUUUGACUGAAUGACCGCCGAGCUGGGCAUUAGAAGAGUUAGAGAAAAAGUGCUCAGGUACAAAAACACUAUAUAUUUUUUUCUUUAAGUAGUUUAAUCGUCUUUUAUUUUUGUCAACAAAUCCUGUAACAAAACAAAAGAAAAAGCUUUUAUUCCAUCUACUCAUACUUGAUGGAAUUGAAAAGUCGAUCAUGUGAGUGUAUGCAUCAGUGUUUCUUCCAAAAUAGUAUUUUUUACUGAAAUAUAAGGAGGAAUGACAUUGUUGCUGCUGCAGAUGAAUCCUACUGUAUACAAAAUAAGGACAGUAUAUGUAGGAUAUUACUGAAAUGUGAAAACAUGAGCACAUGUUAACCAGAGCACUGACUUAUUUUCAGCUCUAAAUCCUGCGGAGAUGAAAUAAAAGUUUGAGAUUCGUUUGACUUUGUAUUUUUUGUAGGAUUUGUUGACAAAAAAUUAAACUAUAUAAAAUCAUCACAACCAUUCUCUUAUGUGCUUUUAAGCCCGUAAUGACAGUCUUCACUUGAACACAAAAGGCUGAAGCAAAAUCAAACCAGCAAACAAAAGUGAAAACAGUGAAAUAUCCUUCAACAUUUUCCAUCGAGCAGUGUUUAGAACUGCUGCGGUGAAAAGUCUUAAAUAAAUCUGGAUUAAAAACCUCGGUUUAUUUCAUCACAAGAGAAAUUAAGGAAAGUUUCUUCAGACGUGCCUGAAGUUCAUUCUACAUCAAAACUGUCCCCGAACCAGAGUGUCAGCCAUAACUGUCGGCAGUGAAACCAGCUGUUGAUCGAUCGGUGCAUAUUUGAUCUGAGGUCGGUUUGGAUCUCAAACGUUGUGGAUCUGAUAUGACACAUUCUGAAAUGGCUUAAAGACAAACUGCACAGAGAGACACGUGUUGAUACUGCAGCAAACAAAUGAAAUAAUUACAUUUUUAACUCACACACACACGCACACACUCUCUCUCUCACUCACACACCAUUUUCCUCUCAUCCACAUGAAUCAAAAUCCUUUACAAAGAUUACUCAUCGUCAGAUUGUCUUUAUACACUGAGCUAAAAUAUAGAUUUCUUUUAAAUUACAAAGGUUUUGUUGAUAUAACUGUAAACUACUGAGUGUUAUUCACAAUUAAAAAACAACACUAGGGUACUGCGACGUCUCUAAUCAAACAUCCUGAAGAGUUAGGAUCCUGUGUGUGUGUGAUUCAGAGUGAAAUCUCUCCUAUUUUGGCACCACAGCCAGGCAGGUCUAAGCACACAUGCUCAAACACACCCCGUUAACCCAUUGAUCGGGUGCGAUCACAGCCUCUUUUUGUUGCCCCUCAAAAACCAGCAUGUGGUGUCAUUUUAUACUGCGAGCGGUCUCGUCCUGCUGGUCACUCAGCGGGAAAAUCUGCAGGGCGGAGAAGAGUUACCGUGUGAGCGUUUUUGUUCGAAUCUGUCUCGUCUUUAUCAGCACAAAGGCGAACAAAGAGCUGCUCUGGCUGGGGGGUGAUACACACACAAAGUGCUCACUUAUUUAUGUACAAGCACAGCGUUAAAGCACCAUCUACACUGCUGGCAUCGUGACCUUCUGGUCUCCUCGCUUACAGACUCCUGAUCCUCGUAAAAAAAAAAAAAAAACUCCUUCAUAAAUUUACUUUUACAUUCCUAUAUCUUUGUGUCUUUGCUCUCAGUUCUCAUUUUAAGUGCCGUCAACAAGUAAAGGUUAAAAAAAUUGGACGCUUACAUUUUAUUUCUUUUAUAAAAUUCUUCAAAACUUUUUCUGCCCCCUCGUCUUUAUCAAACAAGAAAAUAACCGGUCGGUUAGUUGCAGAAAAUAAAGCCUCAAACUCCAACCAGGAGAUCCAGCUUAUUAUUAAGUCUGACUGUUGAACCUGCUGGUAGUGUUCUAAUCAAGUUUCCCCUUUUAAAGAAGGUGGCCUUAUGGGUAAUGAACACAUUUGAUGCAGCCUGGUUGGCCUGUUGCAGGAGUUGAGUCUCUCCCAAGUGUGAAGAUGCGUCAUGGAAACAGUGAAGUGCUUAUUUUUAUGGUUUUUAAAAACAGUGCGAGGCAGGAAGUGUCCUCAUGAGCUUGAAUUUAAGUGCAGGGUCUUUUUUAUGAAGAUUGCAAUGACACCUAACUUCCACAGACUGCAUACCCUCGUCUCAGAGACCGAGGUCGCCAUAUUCAAACUGCCGACCCCUAGACAUUUAAGUGGAAAGAGGUGGAGAUGAGUCCAUGUGUCCACCUGUCAGUCAAAUCUGACUGAAGCAUAACUCAAAUGCUUCAUUUUGGGUUUUUGCACUUAGCCAUGGGCCUAAUUCUCUAACACUGGAGGUUGCUGCUUACCUUCCAUCAAAUUUUGCUCAUUAUUUUGCUAACCGCUAAAAAACAGACAAAACGCCUUAAAAAGCUAAAUUAUUACCUUUAAACCAGCCUUAAAAUGUUUAGUAAAGUGUUAAUGUUACAAAAACACUUGAAUUAAUUUGACGCUUCAUGAAAUAUACAGUAAAAUUCAUAAACAUGUGACUGUGGGACCUCAUCUUCUCUGUCCUACUCAAAACUAUGUUAAACUUCUUUCUGUAUUUAUGCUUUUCUUUUAAAGUCUAAUUAUUUGAGUUUCUGUGAUCAUUUAGAGUGUCAGCCACUUUACUUCUGACUUUCAUGAAUAAAAACUGUUACUGACAGGUUCAGUGUGCAAAGAUGAAAAAAAACAGAUUUGAACCACCUCAAAAAGCUCCCAUGAUGCAGAGGUACAAAUUCUUCUCCUGUUUUUCAUCUUCUUCAUCCAACCAGCAAAUCUCUGAUGACCAAAAAAGUUCUAAAUUCCACUAAAUACCAAACACUGCACUUUUAUAAUAGAGUAGAGCUGCAUGUUUCCGCUGAUAAACAAGCGAUAAAGGAGCGCCCUGAUCGUUCCUCAGGUAGAGAAUAUCAUCUUCUCCUGUUUCUCCCUAAACUUCGUCUUGUUUCAGGUUUCAGUGUCAAUAAAAGGCAAAAAAACUCAACUAAAAUCAACCGUUCAUGAGCGUCUAAAACUAGCAUGUGAAGUGACAGAUCUACUGCGAUGACAGUAGCAUGGGUGUGUUCGGCCCUGAGGGAAUGAAGCAUUAAAAGUGUGAAGGAUGAGGGAACUUUACAGUAUCUCCAAGUACUGUAACCGAAAACUGCAUUAUUGGACUCUGAGUGUGUGAAUAUGUGUGUGUUUCUGCAGCUCAUGACCCUGAGAGUAAAGUCCUCAUUAGUUGUCUGGAUUUUGAAUUCUCUGUUACAGUCUUUCUGUCUUGUUGUGCGUCUCGUCUGGUGUUCAUAUAAGCGGCGUGUGUGUGCUCCUGGAGGACUCACCAAAAAGGCACGUCAAAUACCAAAACCAGAGGUCUCAACGCGGUGAAACAAAAAUAAAAAAAGAGAAGCUGUUGACGAGCUUUACUGAGAGCGAAGCUUGAGGUCACAGCAGCAGGUCUCAGUCUGUGAAGACCGCAGUAAUUUCUAUGGCUUCAGGGUUGUGGAUCAGGUUGUUACUUCCCUACAAAGACAGCGUGUGUUUGCAGCUCUCGUGUGUGUUUCUGUUAGGUGUGUGUGUCCUUCAAGUUCAUUUAUUUACACUUCCUACACUGUGUCCUCGUCCAUCUUGGAGAUUUCAGCCAGCGUGACGGCGGCCGGUACGUUGUUGUCCUCCGCCUCCUCCCCGGUUUUGGAAGGGGAAGGAGGAGCCAACAUGGCGGUGCGCUCCUCUUUGGGCUCUUCCCUCUCUCUCCUCUCCUCCUCUUUCUUCUCUCGGUCCAGCAGGCGGUAGUUGAUGCCCAUUCCUAUGAAGAGGAUCACGCUGGCGACGAUGAGGAUGAUGCCGGAGGAAAUGUAGGUGUAGUCGUAGUGGUGGUAGUAGUUAUAGAAGCUACCUGUAGAGGGCGCAAGAGGGAGAAGAAAACUCAGCUGGAGCGUCAAAACGACAAUCUGUGUGCUUCAUAAGAGGAUUUCACACAGAAUCACCUCCGUAAACUACGAGUAUAAAGUCUACACAGUUAAUUUAAGUCUCGUUUGUUACAGCAUGAACUUCAUUUUGUCAAUAAGAGACAAAGAAACCGGGUUUGGACCGGAUCAUGAAGGUUCUGAGAGGUAGUGUGACGACUGUGACGAAAUAUCGUCGUCAACGAAACGUAAAUGGUGGUCUUGUGACAAUUACUAUAACUAAAUAUUGUUGACGAUAAAAACAAGACUUACUGUGGUUCAUAAAUAAAAACUGCUUCCAGAUUAUAAAGCGCAUUAAGCCAAACAUAGUGCUCCGACAAGCCAUCAGGCUGUGCGUCUUUGUAGUUUACUGAAGUCUUAAUAAAACAUUUUGACAGAUUUUUGAGCGCUGUGUAGCACAGAAAAUCGGUUCGGGGUCAGUAAGCACAACCAGAAUUCAUAUAUGAGGCGCACUGAGGAUUAUUGAGAAAAUUAAUGGAUUUUAAGGGCGCCUUAUAGUGCGAAAAAUGCGGUAAAUGUCUCUUCAUUUUCGUUGUCUAAAACAAGACGAGACAAAAUAGUUUAGUCACAUUGUUUUUGUUUUCUGUUUCAUCGGCUUUGUGUCGCCCUGCUCAGACACAACGAAUCUAAAAAGACAUCUUAAGUGUUUGAGAGUGUGUGUAACCUGUGUCUAGCUCAGCGUGUGUGUGUGUCUAGCUUGUGUGUAAAAAGUCUGCUCAGAGUAUAUUCCACUGCUGGAAACGAUGUUUUCUUGAGUCUAUAAUGUAACAAUAAUAUCAUAAUAAACAUGUUUGAUUUGUGGAUUAAGUUGGUUUUAUCUAUUCUAAACGAGGUAAUUAGACUAUAUUAACUGAGUUAAACAGAAUUAAAUGACUAAAAAAAGAUUAAAAUCAUUGACUAAAACUUGAGUAAACAAAACAGAGUUUGAACUAAAACUAAUAAAAACUAAAAUGAAAACAGGACGCCAAAAACAACACGACUGAGCGGUCAGUAGUGUCACCUGUUGUGGUUCAUAAAGCUCAGACUGAUCGCUCUGAACUUCACCACCUGAGAGAACCUCCACGUCUGAUAUCUCACCUGUUAAAGGAGGACCCAGCAGCACAGGUCCACACUCCACUAUAGUGACCAGACCCACAGCUGAGGAGAACCUCUGAGCCCCCACCAGGUCCAUCAGCGUCUCGAACAGCACUGCACUCAGCCACCCGAAGGCGAAACCGAAGAAGAUGGCGUACGCCACGAAGCCCAUGUAGUCCACUGACAGCGGCGCCAGAACGUGGCACACGCCGUUGUAGAGAACGGCGGCGGCGAAGAAGUACUGCACUCUGGGUCGGACCCACUUUGUGUUGGCAAGCAUCCCCAUGGAGGGCCGGGCGAACAUGUCGACGAAGGCGAGCACUGACAGCAGGAAGGCGGCUUUUUCUUUGCUGAUGCCGAUGCUCUUGGCGUAAUUCGAGAGGAAGACGAGGGGAGCGAAGAGGCCGAAGAACAUGACGACAUUCCCACUCAGGUACAGCAGGAAGCCGCGGUGUUUGAAGAGCGUAAGGUCGAUGAAGGAGUUGAUGGUCUGCAGACACGUCUUCUUCUGCUGAGGCCCCGCGUCCUUUCCUUCGCUCGCCUCGGCGUUGGCCGGUUGGGGUUUGGGUCCGAUGGGCCUCAUGAGGGAGCCGGCCACGCAGCAGUUGAGCAGGAGUCCUCCCAGGAUGAGGAAGCUGCCUCUCCAUCCGAACUCAUCGUACAGCCAGGAGUUCAGAGGAGCCAGCGUGGAGAGGAACACGGGGCUGCCCGCCAUGGCGAUGCCGUUGGCGAUGGGCCGCCGCUUGUAGAAGUAUUUACCGAUCAUUGUGAGGGCGGGGUUCAGGUUGAAUGCUAAACCCAAACCUGGAGGGAGGAGAACCAGAGAAGCUGUCUAUAAGAUCAUUUUUCAGACCCCGUCAGAGAAACUCGACUCUCAAUAAUCAAGACCGACCUCCAACCACGCCGAUGAAGAAGUAGAGCUGCUCCACCGUGUUGCAGAAAGACGCAGAGACUAGACCCGACCCCGCCAGACAACCGCCGAGGAUGAUGAUGGGUCGGCUUCCAAACUUGUUCACCAGGAUGCUGCUGAUCGGACCUGGAGAGACGGAGAGACACGGGACAAUGAGGCGAGGUUUACUUCAAACGAGGAUUUAUGUCAGCCGAGGAGGAGUCCAGAUCGCAACUCACAGAUCCUUAUUUUCUGUUUUUAAACUCCUGCAUUAAGACAUUUUCAUGAACAUGAUACCUAACAUGGUUAAAUUCAUCAAUACAUUUCACUUAAAGUCCAUAAAUUAAUCAUUUAGAAGUUAAGAGAGUCAAGAUUAGAAUGACCAUGUGUCCUCUUUUACCCGGACAUGUCCUCUUUUUGGGGGCUUGUCCGACUUUGUCUGAGGAAGUUUAUAAAAUCUUUAAAAUGUUCACAGUUUUGUACAAAAGUUUCAAUUUUGUGUCACGUGGAUUUACUGAGAUAGAAGCGCAAAAAAACACUCGAUCCGACCCAAAAAACUCUCAAAAUUAACUUUGUGCGACUCUGUGACUCCGCCCCCAUGUAGCUGUGUCGUCUUUUUGGGAAUUCAGAAUAUUGUCACCCUGGUCAAGAUGAAAACUAGCGGACAAACUCAGAGGAUUUCUGCUUGUGUAACAACAGACCGUCACUUCCAAUUUUCACCAGCAGGAGGUGCUGUGGUGACAAAAAUACAGAGUGAACCAGGACCGAUUGUGUAACAGCGCUCUGUUGAAUGCAUGUUGCACUAAGGAAGGAGGGAGGAAACAAGGGAGGGAAAAAGGGAGGUCAGAAUGAAAGGGUGAGGAAGGAGAGAGAGAGAGAGAGAGAGAUAAGAGGGUCAAGAGUGAAGGUAGGAAGAAAAGAUAAAAGAGAUUGAGGAGGAAAAGAGGAAGAGAGGCAACACAGAGCAGAAGAUAUGAGACAUGAGAAAAAGGAGGUAAAGAGACAGAAAUGAGUCAAGUCAACUAAAAGAAUAACAACAGAAACUCUGAGUGAUGACAGAAAAGAAGAGGAGGAGAGAAGAAAAAAGAAAGACAAGAGGAAAGUGAAGAUAAAAAAAGAGUUUUAAAUGAAAUGACAAAAGAAAAGGAGACCACAAAAGAGGCGUGAAGAGGAAGAAGACAACAAAAGGAAUGAGAGACAGAGAGAGGAAACAAGGAGACAAAGGACAAUACAAAGGACAGAAGAUGAAGGACAGAGAGAGGAGGGGAGGAGAAGAGAAAGGAGGGAGGAGUGAAGUCAAGGCGUUCCACGUGCCUGAGUUUGCGUGCCAGCCUCUCUAUGAAUGAGGCUUCACAUGGACGGAGGCUGACACUGGCUCUGCUGGACGCGAAUACAAACUAAAGCCUG